UGCUCCUCUCUGCUCACUGCUUUGAACGGAUUGUCAGUGCUGACAUGCAGCAAAAUACCGGACUCGUCGCCUGAAAUCUCUUCCUUGCACUCUCCAAAUCCAGAUUGACUCACCUUUGGAACAAAGUAUCCUCGACAAUUUAAAGAUGCCAAGAGGGUUCUUAGUUAAGAGGAACAUUAAAUCGUCUCCAGUUUCUUAUAGGAUUCGGACUGAGGAGAGGGGGCCUCUGGCAAUUGCUCCUGUAAGCGGGAAUGUGGGGGAAACCGUACAUUCACUUGCCCUGCCAGAGCCGAGCUCCCAGAGACACAGCACAGAGCAGUUUAAAGAUAGGUUUACACGCGAUAAAAUGUUGGGAGCUGCCCACAGAAUCGGCGCGCUAAAAGAGGAGCAUGCUCCUGAUUCUUUCUACACUACGUUUCCAGAAUAUAGCAUCUCUGGUUGGGCUGAUGUCUCUUACACGCCAAUCAAACCUAUCGACAAGAGACUUGACAACGAUUUCUGUGACACAUGUUUAAGUCCAUCUGCGUCAGACGAACCAUUCGGGGCCGCAACCCCGUUACUCUUGCUCCAGCCAGCGCUAUCCCCUGCGACUGCCAACUGUGGAGGCCUGGCUCACCUCUGCUCGCCUUUCCACGGGAGUAAGCCGCGAGUGCCAGAAUCCCGUCACCGCAAGCACAAGAGCAGCCCGAAGAAGCCCAAAGUAACCAGGAGACUGAAUUUCGAAGACGAGGUGUGCACUUCCCCGGUCUUGGGUCUACGGAUCAAGGUGGAUCCCAGGGACUGCAAGCCGUCGUUUGCGCGGGUGAACAAGCCCCUUGGGGAAUUCAUCUGCCAAUUGUGUAAAGAGCAAUACUCGGACUCGUUCUCUCUGGCCCAGCACAAAUGCUCCAGGAUCGUCCGUGUGGAGUACCGCUGCCUUGAGUGUGAUAAAAUGUUCAGCUGUCCAGCUAACCUGGCCUCUCACCGGCGCUGGCAUAAACCCCGCACUGAUCCAAAUCCUCAGUGGAGCAGCCAGAAGUUUUCGGUGGAGCCGGGUAGCAAGGAGAACUCGGGGGAGCCGGACUGCAGCACUGGGACCAUGGACAGCGCCAGCAGCGUGGACUCAGCCAGGACCGCGGACAGCGCCAGCAUCGUGGACUCAGCCAGGGCCAUGGACUCAGCCAGGACCAUGGAUAGCGCCAAGGAGCCGGGAGCCUCUGUCCAGCGGUUGGACGGGCGUUUCCAAUGCCGCUACUGCAGCAAGAGAUUCCGCCGGCAGGCUUACCUGAGAAAGCACCUGAGCGCCCACGAAGCCGCCGGACCGAGCGUUCGCUGUCAGAUGGAGUCGGCCCGGAUCCCCUUCCCUUGCCGGCUGUGCGGACUGGACCUGCAGACGGCCGAGACCCGGGACAAGCACCUCCUCUGGCAUGCGGUGAGCAGUGGAGCGUCGGCUGUGCUCGGGCCCGGCUGCGACGAGGAGCACUCCGAUAAGGGCGACCUCAGAGCCUUGGUCUUUUGCUGCAAACACUGCCCGUCGACCUUUUUCAGCUCGCCCGGACUCACCAGGCAUAUCAACAAGUGGCACCCGUCAGAGAAUAGGCAGGUCUUGCUUCUGCAGCUGCCUGCCUCGGCCGGCUGCUAAUGUUACCGGAGCCUGCCUUCCCCAUAUUCCAUGAAUCAAUUCAUGACGAAGAAUUCUCUUAAGGCCAAUUUUUGCUCAUUGAAAUGUAAUCUAAAGCAGCGAUUUGAUAUUAUGACAGUAUUAUUCCACUUAGUGAAUCUCGAACUGUUCGUUGCAUGUCAACCAAUGCUGUUUAAAUAACAUUUCCAAUUUUCUGAAUACGUGUUAUACUUUUUCCACUAUUGGGCUUAGACAUCAAACACUUGACAGAACAUUAUGUUGCUUUUAUUUUACGGUUGACUGGAUGAAUGCUCCAAUCAUACAAUCGAUAUUAACGGAUAAUGAGGAACAGCGGCGAAACAUAUUUCAGAUAACUGGUAAAAUAUUUGGUCGAAUCUGUAACAUAAUUUGAUUCAACAUUAUCGUUGCGUUAUUCCACGUUACGAUAAAUAUUUCAUAUUACGGCAUUUAUUUAGACUUUAGCUCUUUUUCAGCUCUCUGAAACAACAUACGUCUAAACAGUUAAGACUUUAAAGAACAAAUCAGAUUGUAAUUUUCUCAGCUGGUAAUUGCUAAUUUAUUUUAAUUGGUUGUUUGUUGAACUCUGUAGAAUAUACAUUGACGUCCGAGAAAUAGAUGAUAUUGUACCUGUUCUAUAAUCCUUGGAGUACUGUUACCUGAAUUUGAUUAACUACAAAUUCCACGGACCGGUCCGAAUAUCAGAUACCAAAGACGCGCUUUCAUUUCAUAAGGCCCUUUCAUUGCGUUUUAGCCACAGCCACCGAUGGGACCACCGCAGAUGCCAUACUCACCGAUGGCCAGCUCACCCAUGGCCAGGUCACCCAGUUCGACAGCACUGCAGUUUGCUCCUAUUAACCUUCUUUUGCGUAAAAAAAAAAACGGCUUGCUUCAAUAUGAUGUUCUUUCUAGUCUAAUUUUAAAUAAAUAAAUUAUUUUUUGUUAAAGUUAUGGUUCUUCAUAGAUUUAUUAUAGCUAAUUUCAAUUCUAAGGUGAUUAUUAUAUUUCUGUAUGCACCGUAGUAUGCACUUAACCUUGUGUUGUUAAAAAAAUGUUUGUUUCAAUAUCAAUAAAGGAAAUGCUUGAUAUGUUAUGCCAAAUUGGUGUGUGAAGAUCUUUGCGGUGAAGGUACUUAUAUCAGGCUGUUCGACGGUUAAAUGAGGAAUAGCCAUACAGUUCCAAGUAGUGUUCUCAAGUAACAAUGAACUCAGCGGCAGAUGUUGCUAGUAAUGGAAAGUUCUAUCAAAGAGGCUUAAAUAAGCUACUGCAUUGCAUCUUGAUCAUAUAGCACUGGUUCUGGAGAGCACGUUAUUCAGUCACACACUUGACUGUGAUUGUAUACGAUGUCAUGGCUUUGUAAUGUCAGGGAGUGUGUACCACAUCACACAGUAUUCUGCUUCUGACCUGCUCGUGUGACCACAAUAUUUAGAUACUGGUUCAGUUAAAUUUUUCAUCAUUGUAUUUCACAGAUGUUGGUGGUAUGGGAUUCAUAAGAGUAAUGUAAGUAAAAGUUAACUGGAAUUGCUUAGAACCUGUCUUAUUGUUGAUCAUUUGUCUUUGGCUUGUGUGGCACCAAUGUGAAAUAACCUAUUAACUCAAGUUUGAAUGAUGCCUAGUACUUGUGAAUGAAGGCAUUGUCUAAAAAAUGCAAAGAUGGAACUGACCACUAUUCAGUAAUCCAUGAACAUUGUCAUACAUUGCCAUAUGUUGGAAAAAGUCAGUGAUUAAUGGACCGAAGAUGGACUAGUAUAUUGUCAUGAGAAGUCCCUGCAGCAAUGUCCUGGGUUGAAAUGAUUGGCCUUCGGCAGUUUUAAUCAGUGUCCUUUGUACCAAGUUUGACUGGUCAAUGGAGAGUUUCCUCAAAAGGCUUCUUUCCUUCUUUCGGCUUCAAUUUUACUAUGGAUUUUUGAUAUUUCACUGUCAAAAGUCUGCC